AUGUAUGGGAUAGAAGCCUGCACGAUAUUCUUAUUUAUAAUCAACUAUGUGACUGGGUUGGGCGAAAUAAUAUAUGCCGUUAAUGCUGGAGGACCGGCACAUACCGAUAUUUAUGGUAUUCACUAUGAGAAGGAUCCAUUACAAGGAAGAAUUGGUACUGCUUCGGACUAUGGCAAGCAGUUUGUCAUGAUCGGCAGAGUGAAUUCUAAAGAUGAAAUAUUAUAUCAAACGGAACGUUAUCAUCAUAGCACGUUCGGGUACGAUAUUCCAGCAAAUAAAGAUGGUGACUAUGUCUUAGUGCUUAAAUUCAGUGAAGUCUACUUCAAUGCUCCAAAUAUGAAAGUCUUUGAUGUUGUGUUAAAUGGGGACCAUACCAUCGUAGCUGACUUAGAUAUUUUUGAUAAAGUUGGCCGAGGUGUUGCACAUGAUGAGUAUAUUCCAUACUCAAUAAAUAAUGGUAAACUUUAUUACAAUGAUGAAGAAUCUGACAUAAGAGGAGGUAAAAUCAAAGUUGAAUUUAUUAAAGGAUACAGGGAUAAUCCUAAAAUUAAUGCCUUAUAUGUUAUGAGGGGAAGCAUAGAGGAAGUUCCCAAGUUACCACCAAUAGUGUGGCCUGAAACCGAGGCUGAAGAACCACGGGAAGCGCAAGAGGAGAAGGUCACUAAGUCAAAAAGAGCAAGUGGCCCUAAACAACCAGACCCAUAUUCAAUAGAUGAUAGUUCAGUAAUGGUGCCUCUAUUCAUUACAAUUGGUGCUUUUCUACCACUAUUAUUUUGUCUAUGCAAACUUUAA